CCGCGCAGGCGGAGGCACCGCCUCUACUUAAGGCGCGCUUGGAGGGAUUGGUACCUCCUUCCUCGCCGGCUGCCGCGGCUCGCCAGCAUGUCGGACAGGCUGCCGUACAAAGUGGCUGACAUCAGCCUUGCAGACUGGGGUCGCAAGGCCAUUGAGAUUGCAGAGAAUGAGAUGCCAGGGCUGAUGAAGAUGCGGGAGAUGUAUGCUGCAUCAAAGCCACUGAAAGGUGCACGUAUCGCCGGUUGCCUUCACAUGACUGUGCAGACAGCAGUUCUCAUAGAGACCCUUAUCAAGCUGGGAGCUGAGGUACAAUGGUCAAGCUGCAACAUUUUCUCCACACAGGACCAUGCUGCAGCUGCUAUUGCAAAAGCUGGUAUCCCUGUGUUUGCCUGGAAAGGGGAGACAGAUGAGGAAUACUUGUGGUGCAUUGAGCAGACCCUGUACUUCAAGGAUGGGCAGCCCCUCAACAUGAUUUUGGAUGAUGGUGGAGAUCUUACAAAUCUAGUUCAUACCAAAUACCCACAGCUCUUGAAAGGAAUUAGAGGUAUUUCAGAAGAGACAACCACUGGAGUUCACAACCUGUACAAAAUGAAGGCCAAUGGGACCCUGAAAGUGCCAGCUAUCAAUGUAAAUGACUCUGUCACCAAGAGCAAGUUCGAUAACCUUUAUGGUUGCAGAGAGUCCCUCAUCGAUGGCAUCAAGCGUGCGACAGAUGUCAUGAUUGCUGGGAAAGUAGCAGUUGUGGCAGGUUAUGGUGAUGUGGGCAAAGGCUGCGCUCAGGCCCUGCGGAGCUUUGGAGCCAGAGUCAUCAUCACUGAAAUUGAUCCCAUCAACGCACUGCAGGCAGCCAUGGAAGGUUAUGAAGUUACAACCAUGGAGGAGGCCUGCAAAGAAGGCAAUAUCUUUGUUACCACCACUGGCUGCACUGACAUUGUUCAGGGCAGGCACUUUGAGCAGAUGAAGGAUGAUGCCAUAGUGUGUAAUAUUGGCCAUUUUGAUGUGGAAGUUGAUGCAAAAUGGCUGAAUGAAAAUGCAGUAGAGGCGGUGAAUGUUAAACCUCAGGUGGAUCGUUAUACACUGAGGAAUGGCCGCCACAUUAUACUGCUAGCAGAGGGUCGACUGGUCAACUUGGGCUGUGCCAUGGGUCACCCCAGCUUUGUUAUGAGCAACUCCUUCACCAACCAGGUGCUGGCACAGAUCGAGCUGUGGACCAAUAGUGACAAAUAUGCUGUUGGAGUCCAUUUCUUGCCAAAGAAGCUGGAUGAAGCUGUGGCUGCUGCUCAUCUGGAUAAACUAUGUGUGAAGCUGACAAAGCUGAGUGACAAACAGGCCAAAUACCUUGGCUUAUCAAGAGAUGGGCCAUUCAAGCCAGACCACUACAGAUACUGAACAGGUGGCACUACCCAAAGACCAAAGCAGAGAUACAACCUUCCAAAGCUUGUGUGUGCUGGGCUUCUGAGAACAAGUCCUUUGCCGUUAUCCUCCCAGUGCUGCAGAACUUCUCCCCUUACCAAAGGAGCUUCAGGGCCUUGUUUGUUUAAGAGGAUCACUCUGACUCUUGGAAUUGAAUUGGUUACUUGGCUAAUGUUAUUGUGAAAAGGAUCCUGUACCAUUUUUAUUGGCUUCUGGUAUCCGCGUACGGGGAGCAGGACAAGAUUGCUAAAUGAAAAUGUGUAGUCUUGUCAAAUACGUGACAGCCUCUAGAGUGGCCAACCAGUAAGAUGGGGAACAGUGUCUAGAGGGAGAUGCUUUCUGACAUGCCCUGCUCGAAUUAGGUGCAUCCUUAACAUUAGGAGGCUGGCAGUGUCUGGGUUCUCUCCACAGAGGUGCCCUAACUGAAGUGCAUGUUGUGAAUCUGGAGGAAGUAAGGAGGAGUGUAUGUUUGGUCUCCUGUCAAGUCAACUUAACCUCCUACUCUGAGAUUAGAAUUGGAGGAUUUGUUUUUUUUUCUGGAUUAAUUUACUCCAUCAGUUUUUGAUAGAACACUGACCUUCUUUGCUUCUUCUGUACCAACUUGAAGAGGGGUGAGGCAAGAGUGACUUUUUUUUAGCAGCCUUCUAGUGUGUUGUGAAUGGCUGAGAAGCCACUGAGGGGAUGGUUAGGUUUAGGGACCUUGUUCAAUCCUCUGGAAACACCAGCAGCACACUUCUACCCCCAACUUGAUUUCUUUUUUUUUGAGUUGUCAUGUCUGCUGUAUCUUGUUUGUCACUGACUCAAAAGUGCUUUUAUUAAAGAUCUGACUGUGGCCUGA